GACUGUAAGUUUAGCUAAUGACAGCUCUCCAACUCACAUCAGUCACUUGAAAAAAUACCCGACCAAAUUGGAUAUAACAUUGAAUCAUAUUGUGACCUCCUAAAAAAGCUGUUCUAUAAUCUAGUCGUAUAAUAAUUUGUUUGCAAAUGCUGGAGCAAGAAGUAAUUAGUAAAAAUAGUGAUUAUUUAUAAGUUUUAAUUAGAAUUUAAUUUAUUAUGAGAAUAUAGACUCUAACAAUGCGGUGUGUUUUGGUGCUUUGUUUGUGUGUAGUGAAAUUAGUAUCGAGUAUAGAACAUGAUUUCAAGGGAUUUGACGAUACCAUAUUAUUUGGAAUCAACUGGCCGGGAAACCAGGAUAUCCAACACCUAGUCGAUGGGGAAGUGAAUAAACUAGAGCUACCGAAAAAAGAAAUCUUGAAAGUGACAACAGCAAAUAAGGAAAGCUAUGAGUGCCGGAUACCAGAGCUACGUGCCAAAGAGUCAACUAGUAUCGAAGAAUAUGACGGACCAUCACCCUUGACUCUUCUCAAGCCACUGUUCUCUCAAAAAAUAUGCUCAUACAGGCUUGAGAGUUACUGGAGCUACGAAGUGUGCCACGGACGAUAUAUUCGACAAUACCACGAAGAAAGAGAUGGUAAACAAGUAAAGACUCAGGAAUAUUUUCUUGGUCAUUGGAGUACUGAGAAACAUGCCAAGCUCGAGGCUGAAGUUAAGGCUGCCAAGGAAAAGAAGGAGCCCUACAGGAUAACCACAGUUGAUGGUGCAAAGUUGGCAUCUGUGGAAAUGGUGUUAGAUGAUGGCACUGUAUGUGACUUAAGUGGCAAACCUCGUCUGACAAGAGUCCUAUAUGUAUGCUAUACUUACGGCAAACAUGAAGUCUACUCAUUCAAGGAAACUUCGACUUGCGAGUAUGAGAUCAUCAUUCUAUCUCCCUUACUCUGUGAACAUCCACAAUUUAGGCCGAAUGAGCUAAGGGAGAACAUUAUAGACUGUCUACCUGUCGGUGACGCUCCGAAGAAACCAAGGAGUCUUUUGCAAAUGGAGGUUGAAAGUCGAAGAUUCCAUCACCAGACUGUACGCAUGUUGAACACAGAUGGUGAAACGCAUCUCAAAUUUGAGCUGCAUCCAUUGAAUGAAGAUGAGGAUUUGGUUGAGGAUAGCAAGCCGCUGUUGUCUGAUAAACCGGCGCCUGUCAUAACUGAUGACUCGCCUGUACGAGCGUUCUUGAAUGGGGAGAAUUGUCUCAAUGGUGGUACAGGAUGGUGGAAGUACGAGUUCUGUUACGGCAAGCACGUGGUCCAGUACCACGUGGACCGCACGGGUGAGAAGACCACACUCUUGCUAGGCAAGUUCGAUGAGAAGGCCCAUCUUGAUUGGAUCAAGGAGAACAAGGGAAAGGCGCCUAAACCUGUUGAAUACCGCACAUCAGUGUCCCACUUCUACUCAAACGGGGAUAUCUGCGACAAAACGGGCAAACCUAGACAGACUGAAGUUAAGCUAAAAUGUCUAGAAAACUCCUCGAGUCCAGCUCAAGUGUCCCUCUACCUAUUGGAACCUAGAACAUGCCACUACAUUCUAGGCGUAGAGUCCCCCCUCAUAUGUGAUAUACUACCUUUAGCCGACAACACAGGUCUCAUCAAAUCUGUCAAGACGGUCCUAGAAAGCCCAGAGGCCACACAAGAAAAAAAAGAAGAUGAAAUCAAGUCUUUUAAGGAGAAAACUACUGAAAAGUAUGGCAACGAUUGAUGUUGUGAUUGUGAUAAGUGAUAAAUAAAUAGUUUAUUUAUUA